AUGAAUGCAGAUAGUGCUGAUCAACAAAAUAUGCCGGUGCAAUGUCAUGAUCCGUCUCAUUUAGAAGCUGCAUCGAGGCUUGAAGUUGAAGACUGUCAAGAGGAACUACGUUCUUUGCAUGACAAAAUUAAGGAGCUGGAAAGGCAAGUCUCACGGGCAGAAAGACAGAAUAAGAAACUACAGAACUACAAUGAUGAUCUAAGAAGCGAAGUUACUAAGCUGAGCUCAGAACUACAUAAAUACAGGACGAGUUCUACAAACUCAAAAGAUGCUGCUGUGCAGACUUGUUGUAAGGAUGAUCAUGUUGUUGGUGAAGAAACUCUUGGACUUGGAGAAGGCUGCGAGUCAAAGCCAAUGCCAGAGUGGGGCUCUGAUUCAGUGCUGACCGGUGAAUUGUCAAUUGCAGAAAGUCUUAAAGCCACUGCUGAGGCUGUACUUUCAAGGCAGUCAGCUGAAGCAUCAAGCGCAGUGAAUGAUGCAUUUACAGAACAGCUCCACGAACGAAAAGAUGAAAGCAACUCAGAGUAUGUUUAUGACGCUUCCAGUGGCUUCUAUUAUCAUCCAGCUACAGGAUAUUAUUGGGACCCAAAUUCUGGGCUGUUCUAUGACUAUUCAUCUGGAACGUACUACCAGCAUGAUGAAAACAGUGGAGAGUACACAUUCCAUUCUCAGGUGUCGGUACCAGCAAACACUCAGGAGAUCAGUAAUGAGAAUCAGGUUUGUAAUGGACAGUGGAUGGCGGAAUUUUGCAACUACUCUUCUGUUGAUGCUUUGACAUCAAAGCUGUCAGACAUGGGACUUGAUCCAAUUGAAAGUGGAGACGCCUUUUCUGACGGAAAAAAAUUGCAUCAGAAAAGAUCCAGGAGCAAGUUUCGCAGAGUCAAGAAACGGUCAAGAAAAUUUGAAAAGCAGAAGAGUGAAAAUGGUUCUAAAAAAUCUGUUAAGAAAGUCAGUUCCUCUGUAAGUUUUAAACCAAGCACCAACAAGGACAAAAAGUUAGAACACAGAGAUAGUCAUGAACACAUGAAGUCGAGGAAACAUUUUCCCACAGAAACUUGUUCUGAAGAGGAUGGAGAAAAAGAAAAUGGAGAUUGUGUCAGCCUUGGUUCAACCGAUGAUAGUGAAAGAUCUGGUAGUGACAGCAACUCAUCUGACAGUCUGGCCACUGGGGAAUCAGAGAUGAUGUCAGAGCCCGAGUCGGGAGAAUUGUCUAGUAGUAGUGACUCGGAUGUGGAGAUGGUGGCUGUUGAGUCGGCACCUCAGGUCUAUGAGAAAGGAUUUCAGGUCAUGCCCGAGAGACAGCCAGCACAAAAUCCAUCAGAUGAGUUGGCAGAAAAUCAUCCCCCUUGCAUCAGAGUUAUUGUUCUUGAAUCAGACUGUCUCACGGAGGGAUCUCUCCUCAUCAUCACUUGUGCUGGGGGAGUCAUCGGUCGACUGAAGUCUCCAGGGCUUGUGAUAGAGAUCCCAGAUGUCAAUGUCAGUAAGGAGCAUGCUCGAAUAGACUACGAUCACACCGAUGAUGUUUACAGAAUCUCAGAUAUGGGCAGUCAAAACGGAACCACUGUGAAUGGAGUUCGACUUGUUCAGGUGUCUUCAUGA